AUGGAGGACGAUAGCAAAGACCUGGAGCAGCAGCUGCUACUGAAGGAAGAAGAGCCGGCGGGGCCGCCGCCGCCGCCGCUGCCGCCGCUCACGCGGCGGGACGCCGCCGGCGAGGCCAGGCGGCGGCAGCCGCCGUCGCCCAGCGGCUCCACAAGCCCCACCGCCCCGGCCAUUCCCCGCGGCUCCCCGCCCGCCGGCUGCUCCACCUGGGGCGGCGUCAGCAACCUGGUUGUGUCGGCGGUGGGGGCCGGCAUGCUGGCGCUGCCAAGGGCGCUGGCCGAGACAGGCGUCCUGGCGGGCUGCCUCCUGUUCAUCUUCGUCUGCGUGCUCACCUUCUUCUCUGCAUCCAUCAUCGUCAGGCACGCCACCGCGCUGGGCACCCAGUCCUACGGCGAACUGGUGCGGGCCAACUUUGGCGGCGCCAGCGCCCUGCUGCUGCAGCUCUCGAUCGUGACGCACGUGUUUGGUGUCAUGGUCGUGUACCUGAUAAUAAUCCAAGAUAUGUUGGUUGGCUCUGUGCCUCACUACCGCGGCGUGCUGCCGGAGCUGCUGCACCGCCACGACGCGCCCUGGUGGCUCACCCGCCCGGCGGUGGCGGGGGCGCUGCUGGCGGCCGUCGUGUGCCCGCUUCUGGUGCCGCGCUCCCUCACCGCCGUCGCGCGCUGCUCCCGCCUCAGUGUGCUGACGAUCGGCCUGCUGGCAGCCACCAUCUGCGGCCUGGCGGCGGCGGCGGUUGCCCAGGGCAAGGCGGCCGCCGUGCACUUCCUGCCACCCGGCCUGGGCGCCGCCGCGGCCGGCGGCGGAGUGCUGGCCCUCAUCAGAAGCUCCGUCACCGUCCUGGCCGUGGCCUGCCUGGCCAUGACCGUGCACUUUGUGCUGUGCCCUGUGCAAGCGUCCCUGGGGGAGCAGGACUGCCGCAGCAUGCUGCGCGUGCUGCGCCUCGCCAACUCGCUGUGCACCGCCAUUUACGCCGUCGUGGCGAUCAGCGGCUACCUGCUGUUUGGCGAUGCCACCGAGGGCGACGUUCUGAAGAACCUGACCGUGCGCUUUGCCAGCGGCCUGGUGCCGCACCGCGUGGCGGUCGUGGUGAUCAACGGCGUGGUGCUGGCCUACACCUUCAACCUGCUGUGCAACUUCGUGUGGGCGGUGCGGGAGAAUGUGUGUGAGGCGGCGCUGGGCAAGACCGACCGACUCCUCGGGCCCGCCACAUUUUACGGCAUUACUGCGGGGCUGGUGCUGCUGGCCUAUGCCCUGUCGGUGUGGAUUCCCUCCAUCUACAGCCUCAUCGCGAUAGUAGGCGCCACCGCAUGCGUGACAUUCAGCUACCUCUUCCCCGGAUUACUGGUGUUCAAGGAGCGCGGGGCAGGGCUCGGGAGGCGAGUCACGGCAGGCGGCAUGCUGGCGCUGGGCGUCUGCAUGGCAGCCGUGGAAACUCUCAAUCAUGUGGCGGGAGGGGGUGGCGGCGGUUGA